GUUCCGGUGCUGGGGCGCAGAGACGUGGCGGAGCGGUGAUGCGGCUCCUUGGCCCCCGCUGCAGGGCACACGCAGCUGCUCGCAGUGCUCUGGUGCCCGCUGACUCAGUCCUAACCUCCUCUGCCUUUCUCUCUCCCCUGUUUCAGCCGCACAAGCCAUGCAGGAUGACUUACUGAUGGACAGAAGCCACCCUCAGCAGAGGCAGCAGCAGGACCCCAGCAGCUCAGAAGCCCCCUGUUGUGCAGAGCCCCCCAGCCCUGAGAACAGCAGCAGCACCCCAACUCUGAAGGAGAAGAUGCAGAUGGAGUCCCCCAUCUUACCUGGUCUGAGCUUCCCCCAGCCUGGUCAGCAGGAGCCCCCCACUGGCCCUUCCCUGUCCCCAUCCUUCGGAAGCACCUGGUCCACCGGAGGCUCUGGCAAUGCUGUGGAUGACAGCUUUUUCCAAGGAAUUACCCCUGUCAACGGGACCAUGCUGUUCCAGAACUUCCCUCACCACCACCACGUCAGCCCUGUAUUUGGGGGCACCUACUCCCCUCAGCUGGGGCUGGCUCAUCAGACUCAUCAGCAGCAGAGAAGGUCCCCUGUCAGCCCCAACAACCACCCCCCCUACAACCAGAGGACCGCUUACAGCCACCAGGCCAUCCUGACCAACAAGCCCUCCACCUCGUCCUCCUCUUCGCUGUCUCCUUCCAGCUGGAAUAACCAGCAGAAUGCAGCGUGGAAUAACCCCUCCAAUCCCUGGGGAGGUCUGCAGCCGGGCAGAGACCCCCGCAGGGCGGUGGGGGUAGGAGUAGGGGUCGGAGUCGGGGUGCCCUCACCGCUCAAUCCGAUCUCCCCAUUGAAAAAACCUUUCUCCAGUAAUGUGAUUGCACCCCCCAAAUUUCCUCGCGCUUCACCUCUGGCUCCCAAAUCCUGGGUGGAGGACAACGCUUUCAGGACGGAUAACGGCAAUACCCUUUUGCCCUUGCAGGACCGGAACAGGCCCUAUGAUUCUUUUAACUUGCACUCUUUGGAGAAUUCACUAAUGGAUAUGAUUAGGACUGAUCAUGAACCUCUAAAAGCUCGAAUGGGGAUUAAUUUCCAUCACCCAGCAACAGAUAACAUAAUGGCACUUAACACCAGGAGCUAUGGUCGGAGACGAGGUCGAUCUUCUCUUUUCCCCUUUGAAGAUGGAUUCCUUAGCGAUAGUCACACUGAUCAGUCCUUGUCAUCCGGCUUAAGUUCUCCUACACACUGUCAGAACGGCGAACGGGUAGAGCGCUACUCUCGUAAGGUGUUUGUGGGCGGAUUGCCUCCAGAUAUUGAUGAAGAUGAGAUCACUGCAAGCUUUCGGAGGUUUGGCCCUUUGGUGGUAGAUUGGCCUCAUAAAGCAGAAAGUAAAUCUUACUUUCCACCCAAAGGUUAUGCCUUCCUGCUCUUUCAAGAGGAAAGUUCUGUGCAGGCUCUGAUAGACGCCUGUUUGGAGGAGGAUGGCAAGCUUUACCUGUGUGUCUCCAGUCCCACCAUCAAGGACAAACCUGUCCAGAUUAGACCCUGGAAUCUCAGUGACAGCGACUUUGUAAUGGAUGGCUCUCAACCGUUGGAUCCAAGAAAAACCAUAUUUGUUGGAGGUGUUCCACGACCUUUGCGAGCUGUUGAACUGGCUAUGAUCAUGGAUCGUCUUUAUGGUGGCGUGUGCUAUGCUGGAAUUGAUACCGAUCCUGAAUUGAAAUACCCAAAAGGUGCCGGGCGGGUGGCAUUCUCAAAUCAGCAGAGCUACAUAGCAGCCAUCAGUGCUCGAUUCGUUCAGCUGCAGCACAAUGAUAUUGACAAGCGGGUGGAAGUGAAGCCAUAUGUGCUGGAUGAUCAGAUGUGCGAUGAAUGCCAGGGCACACGCUGUGGUGGGAAGUUCGCGCCCUUCUUCUGCGCCAAUGUCACCUGCCUGCAGUAUUAUUGCGAGUACUGCUGGGCCAGCAUCCAUUCCCGCGCUGGCCGGGAGUUCCACAAACCACUGGUGAAAGAGGGAGGCGACCGGCCACGCCAUGUUCCCUUUCGUUGGAGCUGAGCAUUGCACAUGUCAACACACAGGAGAUCGAGGGCCAUGGAAACCAUCGAGGGGCCCCUUGAUCUGUGGAAGAAAUUGCUCCUUAUGUUCUUCUGUUUUAUAAAUGUUAUUAUUUACAGCCACCUUACUGAACGUAGUGUCCAGUAUAAUGCAAACCUGCAGAGUGUAACUGUUCUCGAUUUUGCACUUUGAUUUAUAACUAUAUAUAUAUUACUAUAUAUAUGGAAAAAAAACAAAAACAUCAUCUGGUUGGUACUUUAAUUUCCUUCACAGACACGUUGUCAGUAGAGACAUCUCAUUAGGCCGGUACAGGUUCCUCUCCCUUCCGGGUUGUUGUGGGUGCGGUGAAGAUUUUCUCUUAGAAACUGGAGCAUGCACUUAAGUAUCUGAUUUACAGCUUAUAUUCUCCUCACCUGUAGAAGAUGUCUUACCAAAGGUCUCAUAAGUCACACUUGGAAAAAUGUAGCAAAGAAAUAAAACGGCAAAGAAAAGAAUCCCACAGCAACAUCAGUCUUGCGCCAUAACCUGUGCAAUGCUAACAGAUCCUAUGAACUUCUAACGUCUAGUGCUUGAUAUUUAAAAACCUUGUCUUUUGUAAUAAGCAAAACGAUAUCUUCUAUACCGUAAAUCAGAUUUCUUUUCCCUUUUUUUUUUUUUUUUUAUUUCAAUUUUUUUUUCAAUUAUUAUUUUUUUUUUAUUGGACAGGUUGGGUUUGGAAGGUAGACCUUUUUAGUGUUAUGUAAAUGUAUGCUGCAAUAGCUUUUGCUGCUAUUAAAAAUGGUAUUGACAAUACCAGAAUACUCUAUUCAGGCUAGGGUAUCUGUGAUUUAAAACCUAAAAAAGACAAAAACCUAUAUAAUUAAUGUAACGUAUAAUUACAAUGAAGUUAAACGAGCUGCUGGAAAUUGAUAUAAAGAACUUCCGAGGAAGGUCGGUUUGAUUUCUUUUAUUUUUUUUCCCUCUUGAUGCAUGUUUGAUCAUUCAGAUUACUGCAUGCAUUACUAUAGCACAUCAUAUACAACCUGACCACAACACACACAAUAAAUGUAGCAUCUACUUAUUCGACAAGUAAUGCUUCAGAAAUAAUAAUUAGCAAAAUAACGACUGGAGGAAGGCAUGUCUCUUUAUCUAGAAUGCAUCUAAGUAAAUGGGGUCAGUUACCGGUAAUUACAGAUUAUUAUUUUUUUUAAAUUAACUACCGCUAAUAAAAACUAAAUGUAGGAUGUAAGUAAAAAAUGAAAAAAAAAAAUGCGGUGCUCUUGUUAUAUUGUGCAAUUUUUUUUAUGUAGUAAGUGAUUUAUGUCAUGUACUGUGAUCAGAUGUAACUUAAAGCCUCUGUGUAUACCUGACAGCUUGUUAGUUCUUAGUUACAAAUCCCUCUUUUUAUAUCUUUGUCGCUUUUUGUUUUUUAUGAUUUUUUAAAAAUAGUUUUUAUAUAUAUUUUUUUUUCUAGCUAUUAUAAACCAGGUUUUACACACAAAGGCCUCAUGCGCACAACCAGAUUUUCAGUACCCAUUCAUUUCUAUCAGGCCACAAACAAUGCAGGCAGCACACGGACGUCACACUCGUGGCCUGUCCGUGUGGCCUUUUCUGGAAAUUAUAGAACAUGUCCUAUUCUUCCAGACAAGAAUAGGUAUUUCUAUGAUGCAGCAUGCACACAGCUCAGAGGUUUGUGGACCGCAAAUUAAAUACGAUUGUGCGCAUGAGGCCUAAUUAUUACAAUUUUUCAUACACUACACCCCCCCCAAAAAAGUUGAGAAUAUUAUCUGUGGGGCUUACACGCUGAGCACAAGUGAUGCUAAAAGAAAUGUCCGCUUUGAAAAUAUAUAUAUAUGGGUAAUGUUUCGUUUUUCUCAUGCCGACAAACCGAACCGUUAUCCUAGAGAUAUCCUGUGAAGCUUGAAGAUUUGAGUCCUGCUAUGGGCAUUUUACUUAGCACAAGGCUGGUAUGUUCUGCAGAUAGUAAAGAAAGUAUUCACGCCCCUCCUCCCCCAAUUCCAAACAUUCACACUUACAGUUGUCUGCAAAAGAUGUCAUGUCUAUGCACAGAGAGCAUCAUUAACUAUCUUGACCCGGAGAUGAUUUUGUGCAUCUCAUAAAAUCCUUUACGGGUUUAAAAUUAUUUAUUUUAUUUUUUUUCAUAUAUUUGUUUAUAUGUUCAGUUGCGAAUGUUAGAUGAGGAAAGAGAAUAUUUUUUUAUAUAUAUAUAUUUUUUCUUUUUUGCUUUUGAUUGUUAUAUUCUAAUAAAUAUGCCGGGCUUGCAUAGUAAUGCGCCCCCCUAUAAUUCAUAUUUACAUAUCCUUUUAAAGCUAAUUGAGGCUAUGGUGACUUUGUUUAAAAAAGAAAAAGAAAAAAAGGCUAUUUUGUCUCUUUACCUUUUUUGUCAUCUGUAAAAUGUAUUUUGUUAUGCACUAUUUGUAUCUGGGCAAUUUUUCACAGUCUGCUUCUAUUUUUUUUUUUUUUUAAGAGAAUCUUUUGACAUGAUCUUUUGCAAUACCUCAAAUUUUGAAUAUAGGAAAGAAAUAUUUUCUAAGUAAGUUUAUUCAGAAAUAUAUAUAUUAAUUUAAGGUUUUUUUAUUUUAGAAAAAAUGAUUUCAUAUUGCUAUUUUUAUUUGUUUUCAUGCUUAUUUGCUUUUUUUGUGUCAGUUAAAGAUUUAGAGAUUUGUAACUUUAUAUAAUAACAUAAAAUUCUACCUAAUUAUAAUAAUGUUGUAGAAGUUUCAACGCCCUUGAAAUCGUGAUGAAUAGAUUUAGAAGGAUAUGUCUACCUUCGCAACCCCCUUUUUUUGUAGAUCCAUCUACAAUAAAGCAUGAAACAACUUUGCAACUUUCUUGAUUUAAAAAAUAAUAAUAUCUACUAUUUUGUUCCUACAGCUCCAGUGCAGACCUGUGUGUCUCCAUUGGGCACUGCAUAGUCGGAUUCUGCAGUCCUACUACUUUUCAUCUGACUUCCUACUGCUUGCUAAUUUUCAGUAUAUUACCAAGACAUAGGCGACAAAUGGAAGGAAGCUUGACUGCAGGAUCAGACUACACAGGGUUUGUUUGUAGUCUGUUGCCACGGAGAAACAUUGGUCUGCACAGAAUCUGUUGACACAAAACAGUAGCUGAUUUUAUGAAAUAAAGGUUAUUUGCAAAGUUUCUUCAUUUUUCUAUUUUAGGUGCAUUUGGUUGCAAGUGGUAGACAUACCCUUGAAGUUCUGAGGUGCACAGCAUUGUCUAUAACCAUGUUAUAUUAAUGCUCAAAAAACUUGCUUAAAAGUGGAAAACAUAGUUUCCCUUCAUUUGUAUGUUUAUAAUCAAGUGUUGAUUAUAUGUGACUGACCAGAAUUGUGAAAGAGUUCUUCUAUUUGUAUUUUUUUUUAAGAUUUUGUUUAAAUUAUAUAUUUUUCCCCACCCUCUUAUCCCCAAUUUGUAAAUCUGUUUGCCCCAGUAGAUUUCAAUAUUUCACAUUAAUGUAUUUGCUGUAAGAGGAAUCCGCCUUUUUUUUUUUUUAUUUUUUUUUGCAUGACCCUCUUACAACUGAGUGGUUUAGCAGGGUCCUUUAGGCAAAUAAAAGAAAUGAAUAUUUUUUAAACGUGUUUUGACUUGCAACUUGACUAAAUUGUUGGAUGUAUCAGUUCAGUUGGUUGCCUUUUCUUGGUGUUAGACUUGAAGUAGUCACUAUUUUGAAGGCAGACUUAUUUGUUGUUAUGUGCAAUACUGUUUGUACUGUUUAUAUAAAAAGUGUAAAAAAAGAAAAUGGAAAAAAAGGCAUAAGUCUUUAUUGCAGAUUUAUUUUCAUUGCAAACAUUGUGGAUUCCGUGAGAUCAUUUUCUACUGUCAAAUAUGUACUUUUUUCUUCAUGCCGGUAUUUUUUCAAUAGUAAUGUAGCCUUUGUACGAAGACAAAAUUUUCAUUGUUAUUUUUAGAAAGAUUUUUUGCUAAGAAAAAAAAUUAAAACAUAUUUACAUAUUUUUCAUUUUUUAUUUUGUAUUUCCUUAGAGUGCUUUCUUCAACCAUUAAUAACUGUUUGUUCCUCGGAGGUACUUUCAGAUCUGGUCAAUGUCAUUAAUAUUAUUUUGUAUUUUUACUUGGAAUAAAUUAAUUUUAUUAUGCUAAUCUUUAAAGUUUUUUUUUUUUUCAUUUCAGUUCUUUUUGACGCUACAAAAACCUUUGUAAUAUUGUUACUAAAGUGACUAAUUUUUUUGAAAAGCAAGCUUUAUGUAUUAACUUGCUGAUGUGGUUUACAAUGGUGUGGCAGUGAUGAAAAUGGUCGGUUAUGUAAAGUGAUUGAAACAAUGUAAUGAACAAUUGGGCAAUAAAAAAAAAAAGUGAAGCAGAAAAAAAAUAUUUUAUUGUUGAGCAGAAUUUCCUUUUCAUUAUAUGUUUUGAAAUAAAUAAAUUGUGGGCACGUGCUUAGAA